UAAUCCAAUUGAAGAAACAAUUAUCAAUCGUUCGAAUCAACCAAUUAUUAAUCAUGAUCUAUUAAUUGCUAUAGUAUGUAUAGAAUCAUUAUAUCAUGGUUAUCGUAUUCGAAAUUCAAUACAUUUAAAUCAAGCCAAAUAUCUAAUAGAAACUUUAUUAUCUACCAUCAACUCACAGAAUAAUAAUUCGAAAACUACUACUGAUAAUUAUGAUAAUAGUAGUAGUAUACAAAGUAAAUUAUAUAAAGAUAUGAAUUCUUAUUUAAAUAUUAAGGAAUAUCCUGGUAACUAUGGUGAUAUACCAUCACCUUGUCCAAUGUAUCAUACAGGACCUGAAUUACAUCAUAUGAAUCGAUUGCAUAAUUCAUUACAUUAA